UUCAUUUGCAUUAUAUUUUACAGUGACGACUAUUACACUCUGGACAACGCCACCUCUGAAUACACCUAUGAGUAUGACUAUGAGGAUUUUGCACCAUGCAAGUAUGACAGACACAGCGCUGUUUUCCUGCCUGUGUUUUAUUCCCUGCUCUUCGUGUUCGGGGUAAUCAGCAAUGGCCUCGUUGUGUGGGUCAUGUUGAUGUCUGUGAAGCUUCAGAGCAUCACAGACAUUUGUCUCCUGAACCUGGCUGGAGCGGAUCUUCUGCUACUCAUCACCCUGCCCUUCCUGGCCCACUACUCGAGAGCGGACUGGGUCUUCGGUCCUUUCACGUGCAAAGUCGUCAUGAGCAGCUACUACAUUGGCUUCAACAGCAGCAUCUUCUUCAUCAUAAUCAUGAGCAUCGACCGCUAUCUGGCUGUAGUUCAUGCAGUGAGUUCCCUCAAAACCAGAACACGCAGAUAUCAAGCCAUCAUGAUUGCUGUAACCUGGAUCGUAGGACUUUUGGCUUCAUUUCCUGAAAUAACGCUCAUUGAUGUUCAUUUACAAAAUCACACAAGCUUGUGUGAAGUUGGUUAUAAAAGUAAGGCACACCUGAGAGCAUUUGGCCUGUUUAAAAUGAAUGUGACCAGCCUUCUGAUUCCAUUUUUCAUCAUGGUGUUUUGCUACUUGAUGAUCCUGAGGAGAAUACUCCUCUGCAAGUCAAAAAACAGGACCACUAUACGUCUUGUGGUGGUGGUGGUCAUGGUGUUCUUCUGCUGUUGGACCCCCUACAAUGUUGCAUCUUUCUUCCAGGCACUAGAAGUGCUCAGUAUCUACACAGCAUGUGAAUCCAGCAAAGCCAUUCAGUUGAGCCUGCAGGUGACGGAGGCUCUAGCCUACUCCCACACCUGCUUGAAUCCCAUCAUUUAUGUCUUUUUGGGCCAGAAGUUCAGGAGGCACCUGUUUAAACUCCAGAACAAGAUGCCAUGUAUGUGUGAAAAGUUUAUGAUUUCCACAGUCACACCACAGCUAUCCCAGACAAGCAAGACUGAACGGUCCAGAACAACUAUGAAUGUCACUUCUGUUUAAAGGAAUUCAGUAUUAUUGUUCUUCUUACUAUUAUUUGUCAUGACCUUCUCCUACGAUC